AUGAACGUUCGUCUCCGGUCUACGGAUGAUCAACUGUACAGACCACCUCCGGGGUAUGCUCUGAGACGGCAACCGUCCAGACGUCCGAAAAGUGCGGACACCAAGCCACCUGCCAAAUCAGGUGACGCAGAGACUAUUGAUAUGGAAGCGUUAUGCAAAGCGAUUAGUUCCACAAAACUGCGGAACUUGCGAAUGAAACAAAAUGUUAUGGAAGCUUUCAUGCGCAAAUUACUGCAAUCGAUGAAGGAACUUAAAGAAACUGAAUUGAAGCGUGGCAAAUCAGCCGCACUGGACACGCAGCGACGAGUUAAGCUCACACGAAUGUUGCAAAUUCUGAUGUUACAAAGGCGAAAUUUACAACUACAAACAGAUACCAUGCAAAAAGGAAUUCUGUUAAUGAGUAAAAAAUAUGCGAAUUUGCGGCACAAUGCUGAUGCAUUAGUCUACGAAAAUACGGCAUUACGAAAGGAAUACUGCCAGAUAAAAAGUGAUCUGGAGUUUAAAAACAUCCAGAUUGAAAGUUUGUUACAAAAUAAAGCUUGCUUACAAAAACAAGUUGAGAACAAUACUUGUUUACGUAUCCAAACCGAGAAUGCUCAGUUCGAACUGAAGCGUUUGAGAGUAGAGAACGAGAAUCUCAAGGAAGCGCUGCAACAAGUCGAAGCACUACUUCGGACGAAGGCAGGGGCUGGACGGCUAGUAUGUAAUAUCCGUGUGCGGAGUGAACGGCUAACAAGUGAGAAUCAAACGUUACGACAAGAGUUGGCACAAAUUCAAGCUGGACGAACAGAUGCUCAUUUGAUGACAGCCGAAGCCGAGCGAAUCCGUGAAAAACUGACGCAACUUCAGCGGGAAUAUCUGCGCCUCCAACGUCUGUACACAAUGGAGGCAGAAACUCGUAAAAUGCUACACAAUCAGCUUCAAGAAGUUCGUGGGAACCUGCGUGUUCUGUGUCGCUGUAGGCCGGCUAAUUCGGGAGAGAAAUGUCAGAUCCAGUUUACUUCGAUGGAUCGAAUCACCGUGCCUUGCAUAACUCGUAACAAUAGCAUGGCAUUCCAGAGGCAGCCAAAUGCUGAUCAUACCAUCUCCAACACGGCCAUUGAGGAAGUUUUCACAUUCAAUCGAGUAUUUCGACCUGGUGCGACACAACUGGAAGUAUUUGAAGAAAUAAGACCACUCAUUGCCUCGUGUGUUGAUGGAUAUAACGUUUGUAUCAUGGCCUACGGACCAACAGGGUCUGGAAAGACCUACACAAUGCAAGGUACACAAAAAGAUCCUGGAGUUGGAAUGAGGGCUGUCACAGAGCUGUUUGAAUUAUGUCAGCCACUUCACAGUGUAUGGGAAGUGCAAAUGAGUAUAGCCAUGUUGGAAAUUCACAAUGAGGUAGUGUAUGACCUGCUUGGAGAGCAAAUCAGGCCGGUGAAGAUCUCUGACGAUGGUACUGAUGUCCGCCUUAUUGAAGCUGAGGAGAAAAUUGCAAACACCGAGGAGGAGAUGUUAUUCUGGAUUGCCAAAGGGCACAAAAGACGUAAGGUCACUGCGACCAAACUGAAUGUGGAGUCUUCUAGAUCCCAUCACAUCAUUCGUAUACAGCUCGUGUUCAGUAAUUUGCUUGAUAAGACAAGACGGAAUUCCUCUCUGAUCCUAUGUGAUUUGGCUGGAUCAGAGAGUGCCGAACGAAUCGAAGCUAGUGGAGAAAUCCACAUCGAGACCGGCUACAUUAACAAGUCGUUGGUCACCCUUGCUCGAGUGUUCGAAGUACUGAGACGUCGCAACCAAAUUUGCCAACCCGGGGCACCGAACACUCCCAUUCCAGCACCGUACCGGGAUUCGAAACUAACGCACCUACUAAAGCCUUGUCUGGGUGGGCAGGCCAAAUGUGUCCUGAUUAUCACUGUUUCCGGAGAAGCUCCAUCACUGGAUCGAAGCAUGAAAGCACUGGAAUUCGGGCAACAAGCAAUGCAAAUCUCACUGGGAGCUGCCAGACCGAAUGAACGCAUUUUGACCAGUUGGUACGGCAAGAAAAGAGUGAGAAGUACGGACCCAACCAAUAGCAGUAACAACAACAGUUGA